GAAUCGGUUCGUGUGUUUUUUUUGUCUAGUAAACAAAUAAAUAGGAAACUUCAGGAACUUCUUCUUCCAUAGAAUGGAUCGCAAUUUGAUGUUCUUCAGUCCAUAUAACAAUCUAAAUUUAGUUGAAAAUCUUGACAGCCAAAUCAUGAUGAGUCCUGAGCUCCACAGCGACUCGUCGUAUCGCUGCGAGGAUGGUGGCGGCGAUGCCAGCGCUUCGCUCGUUGGCGAGGAGGAGAACCCCGCCUCCUGCUCAGCCCCUGCGGAAGGGCAGAUGAAAAUGAUUGUGGACAUGGGGCGGAAUGUAUCUGUUGUGAAUCCCGUUAUGCACACACCCUCCGAAGGGGCAGUAUCUAUGGUUAGUCGCUCCUUCGGACGGAUGCCCUAUCUGAGUGUUGGGCAGCAUGCAACGUGCUCCUGCCCCUUCAUCCGCAUUGGACACGAGGAGUAUGUGCUGCAGCCGGACACCAUUUUCGUGCUGGGGAUGCGCCAGAGUAUCACUAAGAACGACAUAAUCGUGUGCUUCGGCCAGAUCGGACAAAUCAAGGUGGACGAGGGGACCCACAAGCCGAAGAUCUUCGUCUACAAGGACAAGCUGACGGGUCGCUCCAAGGGCGAGGCCACCAUCACCUUCGUGAGCCCCUUGUGCGCCCAGGCGGCUAUAACUGCCAUGAGUGGCAGGAGGUUCAUGGGCCACACCCUGACGGUGCUUCCCGCCUACCUGUCCACACGCUGGGGUACCGUGCGCUACAGCUACCCCCGCAACCGUGCCAUGGAGCAGCAGCAGCAGGAGACGCGCUCUCGAAAGUGGAAGCCCGCCAUCGACAAUUGGUCCUGCCUCGUGUGCCGUAACAGCAACUUCGUGUGGCGCUCCUCCUGCAACCGCUGUCUGGCGGACAAGGGCACGGCGCCAACCUCAGGGAUCUUGGGGAACUUUAGCCGACGUCGGCCCCACAGCAACGAUUGGCUUUGCGACGGUUGCAACAACAUCAAUUUUUGGUAUCGCAAAAGGUGCAAUCUGUGCAACUCCUCGAAGCAGAAGACAGAGAUGAAUGGGGAAACGGACACCCACUCCAUGGAGAAGGAAAAGUGGGACCUGGUGCUGCAGUCUUCAGCGGAGAACUUGCUCUCCGCCCAUGAUAUUCCGAUGGAAGUUUAAUGUUAAAGCGAUGGCCAAAAUGCCUCUAAAUUUGAUGUAAUAAAUGUCACGCUAAAUUUUGCAA